AUGCAACUCAUGACAAAUGUUAUUUUACUACGCAUCUUGCCAUUGACUUUGUUCCAAACUUGUACAUGGACUACACCAUGCAUUUUCAACUUGUGGAUUGUUCAUAUCACAACAGCUUCGAAUAUUCCGACCCAAGCUCUUUGCAAACACAAUGGGAAGCCUUGUAUUGGCACUGGCUGUUGCUGACGGGUUUGAUUGUUUGGCUAGAUUUGCUGCACGAUGGGCGAUUGAUCGUGGCAUCAACUCCACUUGGUGUCAACUUCAAGCAUUCAUGAUUCAAGAAUUCUCGCCAGCAUCUGCCAACAUCUGCUUAUUAAUGUCGCUUACCAUGGUGUAUAUUGUUCAUUUUAACGGCUCAGCAAAGACCUUGGAGCUUAUGCAGCCCUAUCUCAUUGUUCUAUGUUUUAUAGUAGCACUACCUUUAGCAUUGACGAUUCUUGUGUAUUCACCAACAUCCAUUUCAAAUAAUCUUGUCGGAGAUGCAGAUUCGUAUUGCUGGAUUUCUGCAGAUCAUAAACAGUAUCGCAUCUGGUUUUUAUACCUGGAGGUUUGGGCUGUAUUCGUAGGUGCUAUUAUCGCCUAUGGAGCAACGUGGCUUCGCAUUACUGGCUUGAUGAAACAGCUUAAUCUGCCAAACAGAAACCCUAUAAAAGGACUCAUUCGCAUGUCUGUUACCUCAACUGUGGCCCAACCUCAAUCAGAAAAAUAUCAGACAGUAUUAGUGAGGCGUAUGAUGCUGUUUGUGAUUGCCUUUAUGGUGAUUUGGACUCCAGCAACAGUGAAUAGAAUUCACCAAUUUGUGACUGGGGAUUAUGUGUUUACUUUGGGCGUGAUUCAGGCAAUCUGCAACUCGCUUGGUGGAUUCAUCAACUGUAUUAUUUUUAUUCUGUGCUGUCAGGGGAGAAGCCAAAGUACUUUUAUUGCUUCACCAAGUCUAAGUGGUAGCCAUGGAAACAGUGCCAAUACUAUGUCGCUAUCCCCAACAAAAAGUCUGGAUGGAAGUGGUAGGAUGGCUAAUGGAUAUUACUCUUCACCGCCACUGCGUGAAUCUAUCAGUACUAUUGAUGGACACACACCGCCAAGUGUAUUGCCUGCAGCACAUGUGUCUUACGGAGAGCCAAUUCAAUUAGCCAACACAUAUUCCAACACGAGUAGUACGUCUGGGUUGAUAAUUCUCAGUGACGAUUCGUGGACUCACAAAGAUUCCAAUCCAGCUUGAAUGAUUCUACGUUGAAUAUUGGUUUAUUUAGCAUUUACAACCGUAUAUCCCGUGCCAGUUGAGCAUUUAGAUUGCAAUUCACGUAAAAUGAAACCCUUUUCUGU